UGAUGAUUAACAAUGGCGCUGUGGAUAUAUAUAGUGUAUACAUGCGCAUCAUUUUAUUAUUAGGUACAAUAGGCAGAAAUGUUGAUGUGAUGUAUAGCUCCCAGCCAUAAUAAAUAUAUACAUAAUUAUGUUCAUCUAUUGCCAUGCAUGUUUUCCUAAUUUACGUUUUUCUGCUUUUGCUUUCGCUAUUUCUAUUUUUUUCUCUUCCUUAUCCAUAACAGUCAUUGCUUUGGCAAUCUUUUGCUUUUGUUUCUUUGUCAAUCCUUUCUUAUUAGCUGCUUUCUUUAUCUUACUGCUGCUAUUAUUACUACUAUUAUUCGUCUUUUUUAGAUCUGUUAUAGCUUGUUUCCGCACAUGUAAUAACCGUAGCUCAUUUUGUAUACGCUCCUUUGCUACAAAAAAAAGUGUUGUGUCGUCAGAAAGCAAAUACUCCUCAAAGGACAUGGUCAACUUUCUAAGUUUUUUUUUACCAUUCUGAGGUUCAUCGUUAAUAUCUGCUGGGUUGACUGUGGCCCAUUUUGAAGCCUUAGCGCCGGUAACUAUAAAAUAAUUGAAAAUUAGGUUGAUUUAAUACAAGUAUUCAAUCACAUCAUUAGGGCCUGAGCUCUCAUUACUUUUAGACAUGUUAAAAGGCCUUAAGAAAAUAUAAAGAUUGAAUGUCAAACAAUUUUAAUGCAGCUGUCGAAAAAGUGGCUUGGGGUCUAAAUUGUCGGGAAUUGGAUUUAAAGCAAGAAGAAAAAGCA